GGGAAUUUCACUUGUGUCCUAGUCGUAUAUCUAGUAUGGAUUGUUUUCUAGCUAUGAAUACGGAAAUUGUUUCUUGUCUGCGUUGAGUAGUUGUGACACAAUUAUACUGUUUACAUGUGGAUUUAUAUCUGAUGAGGUAGCCAAAUGAUACCAUAGGAAUGUAGCAAAAUAUCUUUUCUUGCAAAAGUAGCUCACAACUCAAGUAAAAGAAUGUGUGAUGCAAAGAUGGGGUCACCUCUUAAAGAAGAUGAUGUGGAGAACUUUCUCCUUGAAAAUUCUGAGUUUCUUGAAAACUGGCUAAAGAAACAUGCAACACCAGAACUUAUGUAUAAAAUUAAAAACAUAGAUGCAGUUGAUUCUGCACCACAAUUCGACACUUCAGCCAGGAACUCUAUCACUUCUAAUAUGUUUAAGAAUUAUGUUGAUGGAAUGGUCAGAAAAAGGAAAAGAUCUCUUGUUCAAAGAGAUAAACUUCUUGCUAUGAAUGAAUCAGAAAUGUUCAUGGAACUUAUAAGAGACAUUGCAAGUGAAUUAGAUGUGAAUGUUUUGUGUCAUAAGAUAUUGCGCAAUGUUAGUGUAUUAACUGGUAGUGAUAGGGGAAGCUUAUUUCUGGUCAGGGGAUCAAAAGACAAUAGGUUCUUAGUUUCAAAACUGUUUGAUGUGACAGAGAAUUCAACUCUGGAAGAGUCAUUACACACUGAAGAGACGGAAAUCAAAAUUCCUUUGGGACGGGGCAUUGUGGGAGCUGUAGCGUUAACCAAAGAAACAGUCAACAUUAAAGAAGCUUAUGAGGAUCCAAGAUUCAACAAGGAUAUAGAUAAGAAAACAGGAUACAGGACUCACAGUAUCUUAUGUAUGCCAAUUCAAAACCAUGACAAUGAAGUGAUAGGGGUAGCUCAAAUUAUAAACAAGAUUACUGGCAAUCACGAGUUUGAAGAACAAGAUGUUGAGGUAUUUCGAAAGUACCUGAUGUUUUGUGGAAUUGGAAUCACAAAUGCUCAACUGUUCGAGUUGUCAGUUCAAGAAUAUAAACGCAAUAAGCUUUUGCUCAACCUAGCACGAGGGGUGUUUGAAGAACAACAAAACCUUGAAAAUCUUGUACAGAAAAUCAUGCUAGAUGCUCAGGAACUUUUACAGUGUGAAAGAUGCAGUGUGUAUCUCAUUGAUGACACCAUAGAUUCUCCACAUUAUGUAUCUGUGCGGCAUUUUAAAGAUAAGGGAAAUGGUGUUUCAGGAUCCAAUGAUGCACUUAUCAAAGACAGAACCUUAGAUGAUAUUAUUUUCUUGAAAGCUUUUGACUUUUAUGCAAAAGAUGGUGGCAAUAUACAUAUACAAAGUGCAAAUCAGCUAUCACAGUCAAAGAAUGCAGAAGUAGCACGCUAUGUGGCUCUCCAUGAGGCUCAUCUAUGUAUAGCAGAUCUCGAGCUUGAUGGAAGGUUUGGAAAAGGACCUUUUGUGGAUGAGGAUGGUUUCACUACAAGGAGUAUGCUCUGUAUGCCAGUCUACAACAGUGAGAGAAAGAUUACUGCAGUUACUCUGCUCAUUAACAAACAAAAUGGAUCUCCUUUCAAUGAAAGUGAUGCAAAUAUUAUAGAGGCAUUUUCAAUUUUCACUGGUCUUGGGAUCCACAACUGUCAGAUGUAUGAGAAUGCGUGUAGAUUGAUGGCAAAACAGACAGUAGCCCUGGAAGUGCUGUCAUUUCAUGCUACUGCUGGUCAGGAAGAAACAGAACGCCUUGCUGUAAAAAGUAAUAUACGUAAUGGGGACGAGCUUAAAUUGUACACAUACGAGUUCAACGAUCUUGUUCUGUCUGACGAUGAAACCUUGCAAAGCGUGAUCUGCAUGUUUAAGGAGUCAGGACUUGUACAGAAAUUUAAAAUUCCUAUGGAUGUGAUUUGCAGAUGGACUUGUAGCGUAAAGAAGAAUUACCGCCCAGUAACAUAUCAUAAUUGGAGACAUGCAUUUAAUGUCACACAGACUAUGUUUACCAUGCUUUUUACAGGACAACUGAUGCCAAAGUUCAGUGACUUGGAGACGUUGGCCAUGUUAGUUGCCAGCUUAUGUCAUGAUCUUGACCAUAGAGGGACCAACAAUGCAUUUCAAGUCAAAGUUGUAUCACCUCUAGCAAUGUUGUACAGCACAUCUGUGAUGGAACAUCAUCACUUUGAUCACUGCAUUAUGAUUCUUAAUAGUGAGGGGAACAACAUUUUCCAAUCUUUAUCACCAGCAGAAUAUCGUCAGGUGAUCAAACAAUUAGAAUUUUGUAUAUUGUCAACUGAUCUGGCUUUGUACUUCAGAAAAAGAGGUGACUUUAAGAAAUUGAUAGAAAAGGGAAAAACAGAUUUCAAGACACAGUCAGAUAAAGACUUGUUGGCAGCUAUGAUGAUGACAGCCUGUGAUGUUGCUGCAAUAACAAAACCAUGGGAAGUUCAGAAAGAAGUGGCACAGCUAGUCGCCAAUGAGUUUUUUGAGCAGGGAGAUGUAGAAAAAACACAACUAGGGGAAACGCCAAUUGCAAUGAUGGAUCGUGACAAGAAAGAUGAAUUACCGAAAAUGCAAGUUGGAUUUAUUGAUGCCAUAUGUUUGCCUGUUUAUGAGAUGUUUGCUCAGAUCAAUCCGUAUCUUAAACCACUGUACGCAGGAGCACUCGACAACAGACAGCACUGGCAGCACCUUGAUGAUCUGUAUAGAGAAGGUAAAACAGAGGAAGUUCAUAGAGAGUUAAACAUAAAUGAUGCAAACAGUUUUUCUGAUAAAAAUACCUCAGAAGCAGAAAAGAAUAAAAACAAGAAAGAUAAAACUGAUUCUAAAGGGAAGAAAAAUGUAAAGAAUUUGAAGGCGAAAGACAAAACACUUGCAGGCACACCAAAAAAGAUAAACCAUGGGAAAACAAAAGUUUGUUCGCUGCUGUAAUCUUGCACGGGUGAAUCCGUCAAUGUUAAACACUGCUCGCUCUCCUCCUAGUACAUUAUAUAUGUUUUUUGAUUGAAAUGUAUAGAGAUGGCCUCCAUUGCCGUGUGGUUCAAAAGGUCGCUUACUUUGAAUGACUUGCCCCUGACCUCUGGGUUCGAGUUGGGCACGGGACGUGAUUACUGUAAGCCAUCUAGCUGGCUCGCAGGUCAAAGUUUCUACCCAUGUAUCUACCGUUGCCUGUAUACCAGAAUUGGCACCUCAGAUCUUAAUCCACUAAACCUCAUUACAAAGAUAACAAGAGUGGAAAAGAUGUGAACUGCUAAAAUGUUUAAAAAGAUAUAUUAAUCUUAUUUAUACGUCGCUAAAAGUUUUUUUCAUAGAACUUGGUACAUGGAUAUAUUACAAUAUGGAAAAUAUGAAUUGUGGUCGCUAUGGCAACAAUCUGGCCACAAUUAAGACAAAAAGGUUAUUGUUGCCUUUUGCAAAAGCUUAUAAUAAUAAUAAUAAUAAUAACUUUAUUUUCUGAAGGUUACAUACUAAGUGUACAAAUACAAAUAUUAUACCACUUAUUUCCAGUAUGGCCUUCAACUGAUAUACAUUCACACAUACACACAAUCAUACAGUCAAUUUAUAAUUAAACAUUUAUACAAAAACACAUCAGAAUUACUUAAAUUUUCUCGACAAACACGUCUCAAAUUAAAGAAGUCUUAAAUAAACGUAAUAUAACAAGAACUAUGUUUUAAAAGAAUAACCAUGCGUCACAAAGAUUAUACAUGACAAUUAAGAUGUACAGAAAAGAAAGAUGCAGACUUGUAAAAAUACAGAAGAUGUGCACCAAAAGCUGUCAUGGACUUUGUGAAUCAAGAGAAUUUUUUAACUAUUUAGUCCUAUUAUCCUAGUGAUUGAGUAUAACAUAAGAUAGUCUUGAUAUUUUUCUUUUGUUUGGUUUAAAAUCACACCCACAAAAUUGAGGAAGUCUAAAGAGGUACGGUAAUCAAUAGGAGGGGGAAUGAUUAUGUUAUAAUUUAUUUCUAAAACCACUCGUAUUUUAUGCUGUCGUUCCACUUUAGGAACCAAUAUUGAAAACAUUCAAAUAUCGUUAAUGUAAGCGAUUUCCGUUAGGCACCGUUAUUUACUCGAGACGUAAAACAAAUAAUUACGUAAGUGCAAAUUAAUAAAAAUAAUUAGAGAUUUGUGUUGUGUAAUGGAUACUUUAAAUUUCAUGCAAUAUCAUGUUUUGGGAUAAUUACUUCAGCAAUAUAUUAAAAACAAUAAUGAAACAAGAUACUGGCUUUUACGAAAAGGUAUUUAAAUGUGCAAUAACCCUCACACCCCAUAGCAAAAGUCAUAUGUGGCGAAAUUUCAGGUCUUUGGAGGCAGAGAAAGACCCCAUGCACAUGCCCAUCCAGGCAUUAUGUUAGGUGCGAGUGGACACCUAUGUAAAACCAUCGGUAUUCGGUAAGCCGGGAGGAUGGCGAGAUGUACACCAUUAGCGAAGUUUCGAACCCACAGCGCUGAGGGGCAGGUGAUGUGAAGUUUGAGACCUUGACCACGGAUUCCCGGCAUGUACCAUGAAUGUGAUAAAUCUAAAAAAAGAGCAAUAUCAUACAAUAUAUGGAAUUUUCUUUGUAAAAGAUCCAGCUGUGUUGUUGGAAGGUUUUGUAAAAUAGACUUUUAACGUACUAGGAGAAGAUUGAAUUGUUAUCCAAAGAGUUGUGCCAAUCUUGCUGUAUUGUGAUAAAAAAACGUUAUGGCUGUGCAUGAUGAAAUUCUCUGUUUUAUAAGAAUGAUACAGAUAUUAGUUCUGUUAAUUAUGUCUACGUAUGCUUAAAUGUUAUUGGUUGAAACAUUAAGAUACUGUUUGAAAUGAAUAUGUUUUAUUUGUCUCAAUAAUGGAUGUAUUGCUAUUUAAUUGUAUGUACAAAUACGUUAUCCCGUGAAUUGGGGAGCACCGUUAUUUGCUCUGUGUGUCUGUUAUAUGAGUUCGUACCGAGUUUCCAAAAAUAGUCAUAUAUACAAGUAAGAAUCAUGCGAGCUACCAACAACCUCGAGUUUACUUGCUUUUAAGUAAGCCGCGUACAUCUUUUUAAUAUGCCAGUUUUGUAGUUCUCUAAGUAUUAGGAAUGCCGUCGGAGACGAAUAUACAAGGCUGUGUCAGAAUUUAUAGUACAUUUCGUUAUGCGCAUGCCUCUGUCAAAUUCUGAUACAAACAGGUCUUCCAAAGCAAGUUGUUCGUCUUAUUAUGUGUUUAUUAUUUUUAAACAGGAAGACAUCAGUACUAGACUUAACGGGGUUAUUUUCUACCAUGUGUACUAUGUUUCGCUUUAACUGUUGUUAAACCCCAUAAACAAAGUUGACGAUGCGUCUGCCCGACCGUGUACCUGUGGUGAAGGACGAGUGCGACGAUCGUCCGAUAACUUUUUUGUAAACAGGUAUAUGAUUAUAAAAUACAGGCCAAAUUCGAUUUCUUUUUGUGGGAGUUGUGGCCCCUUAUUAAAGUUUGGUUGCUCGUACAAAGGGAUAUGAUUACAAAAGACAUUCCAAGUUCAGAUUUAGUUUUCAACCCACCAAUUUUUAUAGCCAUUUUCUGACUUAAAUUUUGCAAAAAAAAAAAAUGUUGAUAUCCCUUCGAUGACUACACAGGAUGAAUGGAUUUAAUAUAUUUUUUUUGUACACAAGUAUAUGAUUACUGUAUUUGUAAAAUAAAAAUUGUCUUCAUUUUGUACAAGAUGGCAUGUUACAGGUGUAUUAUGUAGUCUGUCGAAAGGUUGGUAGUUUUAGUUAUAUGAAUACAAUGUAUACUGUAAAGUAAAUUCCGUUCAAUGAUCAUGUAAUGGAAUGGUUUUUCGAAGGAUUUCGAAGUUCUAUAUUUUCAGUAUUUCUGACCUCUCAUAUCAACACACAUAUACAUAGUUAUGAUUUAGUAUAGUGAUAGGUACAAAAUAAACAGAUAAGGUACAAUGUUUUAUUACAGUGAGAUCAGGUCAGUACCUAUCGACAUAAUUAUGCUUUUAACUCGGUCUUUUACACUUCAGUUUUUUUUUCUGUUAAAUUGGUCAGUUUGUAAAGAAGUGAGAAGUUCUGAUAAUUCUGAAAGUCACAUUUUAUUGGAAACUAGAUUAUACCUUACACUGUUUUAUACUAGUAUUCCUUUUACGAGAGCGAAUUUCUAUCGCUGGACUUACGGGAUUUGUUGAACCUUUUGACAUGCAUUUAUAUUUUGCAGAAGCCAAACGAGGGUUUUAUAAAGCCCUCCGAGGGUUUCUGCAGAUGUAACGCACACAAUGUAAAUCUAAUCUUUCUCCAUUUAACCCUUAUCCUGCUAAAUUUCAUAGGCGUAGGAGCAGGGGGGGGGGGGGGGGGCCCCCCCCCCCCCCCCCCCCCCCCCCCAAAGCUAGGAGAGGGGUGCCAAAGUAUAGUUUGGCCCCCCGAAUAUUUUGGAAAAGAGAUAUAAAUUGCAGUCUAAUAUAACAUUUACUUAGCAUCAUAUAAUUCUUUUCAACCUGAUUUCUGAUUUGCAUUUGGCCUUCCCUUGUAUUCUGACUAAAAAUGUAUCUUUCCGUAGUGUGAGUACUGAAAUCUGUACGCGCCACGCCAAGAAUUGUUUACAUUUUAUAAAAAUAAUAUAUCAUUGAGCGCAAUCACUACAGUUCCGGUUUGAGCGUCUGCAAAAUCAAUGUAGGCCUAACUAUUAAGCCUGUUUAAUAAAAUACGCAUGUAAACGUUAUGUAUUUUUUUUGUUUUUCAUUGUCCAUUCAAGGGAAAUGAUAUUUCCGCAACUUUAUACUACAAUUAGACAAAUGCAGUGCUAAUUGAUUGUAUGUCCAGGGCUUCAACAGAAGAAUGUAAAAAAUGGCACACUUAAUUAGAACAAUCAAUGAUUGCUAAAACAUAAAUGUUUGAGGGGCCAUAGGCCCUAUUAAUCCCUGUACAAGGCUUUGAGUCUUUGUCACGAAUAAUGCACCGAGGAUACCUUGCCGCUAACCCCACCCCACCCCCCGCAACAAACCGCCGGUCGAAAACGUUUGCCCCCCCCCCCCCCCCCCCCCCCAAAGUUAAACUCGCUCCUACGCCCAUGAAUUUCUAUAAUGAACUUUUCCGUCUUUCAAUUUGGACAGUACCAUUAACUGUUAAAGGGGAUGCUUACCAAAAGGAUGUUGACUGAAUGGCUAACAGUACAGAUCAUGACCAGACUGCACGGAUGUGCAGGCUGAUCAUGAUCUACACUGGUCGCAAAGGCAGAAUCAAUCGUGUUCAGCUUGAUAUGGCUUAAAGAGUGCAAAAUUUCGGAAAAAAAUGCAUGUGCAUUUGUUGACAUAAUUUGACAUGGUGACGUAGUUUGUUUCUUUUCCGGUGCUGUAUCAUUGUAAUUUUGUACAUCUUUUAUUCCCGGGUUAAAACCUACUAAAGUGUAUUCUACUGAAUGCUGUAGAUUUAAAUUGCAAUUAACAUAAGGAUUCAAAUUUGAAAAUAUUACAGAAAAACUGUUCUCCAUGAAAAUGUUGACAUUGUCAAAAAUAUGCAGAAUUCCUCAUUUAGGUAGUAACAAACAGAAAUGUAGAAUAAAGGACAGCGUUGAUGACAAAAGUGUAUUAAUUCUAUGAUGAUAAGUAAAUUAUUGCGCCUUUUUUAAUGUAGACUAAUCGUGGUGUGCAGUAUUAUUAAAAUGUCUAAAGAACUGACUUAUAUAAUGAUUAGAAAAUUUGAGCAACCUAGGAAACAUUUUAUUGUCACCCGCUUUUUUACGAAGAAAAAUGGGGGACAUAGACAUAGGCUGCGUCUUUCGUCCGUCACACUUCGUGUCCGGUCCGUAACUCGGCCGUUCAUGAAGGGAUUUAGAAUAAACUUGGCAUAAAUGUUCCUCAUAAUGAGUCAACGUGUUAAGCGCAGACUCCUAGCUCCAAGGUCAGUGUCACACUUAGAGGUUAAAGGGUUACAUUGUCUGUUUCUUGUCCGGUACAUAAGUCUGCCAUUUAUUUUGGGAUUUUGAAAUUACUUCGCACAAAUGUUCCCCAUAAUGAGACAACGUGCCAUGCGCAAGACCAUGACCCCUAUAGCUCUAAGGUCACGGUCACACUUAGAGGUUAAAGGGUAGCAUGGUCUGUUUCUUGUCCUGUACCUCGUUCAAAAAGGGAUUUUAAAAGUACUUGACACAGAUGUUCCCUGUAAUGAGUUGAUGUAUCAUGUGCAAGACUCAGAUACCUACCUCCAAGGUCAAUGUCAUCUUUUGAGCAUUUUCUUUCGUCUGGUCUGUAACUUUUUAUGCAUUUGUGUGUAUUUAAACAACUUUGCAUAGAUAUUCACCGUUACAAGGCAUUGUGUUAUAUACAAAGGUCAAUGCCAUAGGCACCCAAGCUUUUGUCCUUAAAAUAGAGAUAUUACCAUUUAAACGUAUUUGCCAAUUAAAGCUUUCCAGACAUUUUCAAAUUUCAUAACGUCUUCAUGGAUUAUAUGAUAUAUAGUUAUGGUUUGUAUACAUUGUUAGUACGUUGUCUUAUUACUUGGAAUUAUGUUUUGUUUAAAAUGUCCAUAGGCGGGGGACGUAGGUAACUCUGUUACAAAUCCUUGCAAGAAAUGUUUUUUGUUUUUCAACUUGUUUUACUGGGUUGUUCAUACUGUGAUUUGUACAGAUUGUAAAUGUGUUGCAAUUUUUAUGACGAUUUUUGUACUAUUACAACAUUAUUCUUAUGAAUGAUAUAUGUACAAUUAGAAUAGUUCUGUUUAUUUUUGGAUCUGUGUUAAUCAGUAAUACUGUUGUGCGUAUUUAAAUCACAUUUGAUGUCCUGGUAUAAUGAAACACAGGACUUCAUUAAACUUUAAACAUAAAUCAUAGUCUUGUUUAAAGUUUACUAAUAUGUCAGCCAUUUCUAGACUUGUGUCAUUUCAAGUGUCAGAUAAAGCCAUAUUUGUGCAAAUGACAGUUUAUCAUUUAUGUUAACGUAUUACUGGUAUUUAUAAAGCUACGCUUAAAACGCUUGCACACAUUUUUAUUAUUUUUUAUAAUUGUUUUUAUUCAGAUGCAGUUUAGGUUGAUUAAAUGUAACCUCAUGAUAAUUGUUUACAGAUUGUUUUGUUAUAUUUUUGCUCGAAGUCUCCGACUAAUUUAUAUUAUGACCAUCUCCUUUUCUAGGAUUGGAACUGGGAAUUUUAUCCGUCUGUUCGUCUGUCCAGAACUUUUAAAAUUCUGCUUGAUGUGUUCAAGUUUACAUAAAUAUUCAUCUCAUAUAUAUGACUUGCAGAACUAAAGCUGAGUUAAUUGCUGAAUACAUAUUUUUCACGCCCAUAUGUUUGUUUGGUAAACCUUUAAAGAAUGACAUAUUGCAAUAUGAGGUGAAAAUAAAUAUCCAUUUUGAGUUAUAGUUGAUUUAUUUUCCUUUAUUUCAUUUUUUUUCAUUUUUGUGAGUCAUAACUUGAAAUUCAAUUAAUAUUUACAUAACAUUAGUUUGCAAUGAAAGGUAAGGGACAUUGAAUUCGUAAGGUUGUCUUAAAUAGUUAUUGUUUGUCUCCCCUUGCAGUAUUUCAUUUUCCAUGCAGCAAGGAAAUUGGUGAAUUUUAAAAAAAAUGAAAAAAGCAGAAUUCGAAUCUAUGACUCAUAUUCUCAGGUAUUUUGGGAUCAUUGAGUCGAUUCAAUACCUGUGUAAUAAAGUUCCGCUGGGACAUGAGGGGUGUUGCACUUUCCAUUUACUCUCGUGAACAAAAACAAAUUGAGUCUGCUGUUAUUUUCUUGGCUGCAUUCUAUGCUUCAAAAGGAUAUUUUCAUAGGUUUUAUUCAUUAUUGAAUAUGUAUUGAUUCAUCUCCCAUUUUAUAUUUUAUAUUUUUCUGUUUACAAUAACAGUAGAAUUUAUUUAAACUAUAAUGAUGACGACAGUUGAGCUAUAUAUUAUCUUCAAUUUAUGUAUUUUACUCCUUUGUUACUUCCAACUCUUUCCAAAGAUGAGAGGGCAUAUUGUUGUGCCCCCACCACUCGUUGGAGGGGGCAUAUAAAUCUGGUCUCGUCCGUGCAUCCGUCGUCCAAACAAAGUUUGUGACGCACCUAGCUCGGAAAGUAUUUGAUAUAAAUUGAUGAAAUCUUGCAGGAGUCUUUAUCAUUGAUAUGAAUUUGCACACCUCCUAUUUUUCGUCUGGCUCCGCCCCCUAUUUCCAGAGAUACGGCCCCUGAAAUAGUCAAAAAUUCAAAUUUUCACAUUGUGACGCGCCUAGCUCAAAAAGUAUUUCAUAUAAGUUGAUGAAACCUUGCAUCUCUUAAUCAUGAUAUGAACUUGUGCACCUCCUGUUUUUUGUCUGGCUUCGCCCCCUGUUUCCAGAGUUAUUGUCAAUGAAAUAGUCAAAAAUGCACAUUUUCACAUUGAGACGCGCCUAGCUCGAAAAGUAUUUCAUACAUUAAAUUGAUGAAGACAGUCAAAUUUCAUAACCUUAUUGGCUAUAGUCAGUGGAUGACAUGGGUUGUUUUCGGCAUAGAAGGUCAAGGUCAAGAUCACAUUGACCUUGAGACUAAAAAUGGUUUAGGAUCUAUAGCUCAUGAUUGGGUGUGUGUUCUUCAAACUUUAUGUAUCGUCUAUGUCAAGCGCAAAGGCCAAGCUCAAAGCAUAUUUGAGCAUUAAGAUUACACACCAGUUACCUCCGACAGGUCAUCUGUUUUACAAACAGCUUUCUUUUUCUGUUCUCAUUUGUUGGUUUAUAUUAUGUGUGAAAGCACUAAAGAAAAAUAAGCAUAAAACCUCGUAUUACUCUGUGUUCCUUUACCUACAGAUAUUUUAAUAUCUCUGUAUUUAUUCUCACACAUAAAAAAUCUUAUAAAAAAUUGUAGAAACUAUAAUGAUACGUGUUUCUGCACAAUACGACUUCUAUUUAGGGCAUUCCUAUGAAUUGACCGAAUGUACAAAAUUGUUAUUUAACUAAAAUGAUAUUAUGCUUCAUGUUAUGAAGUUAAUUUAUUAAAAAGAUGAAUAUCGUAGAUACAAUAUUGAUAUUUUGUUGACUUUUAAAUCUUAUUUGUUAUAUACAUGUACAUGUAUUGAUUAAAUUAUUGAAUACAG